AUGUCUGUUAUACGAGAAACUGUUUGUGGCAUCAACACUCAGCUUGAUCGCCUACAACAACAGACUGCAAGCUCACAGAGAUUAGAUACCACGGAUCUAUCCACUGAAUCUCUUGAGUGCAGUGGUCAAUUGCAAGAUCUUAUCAGCUCCAUAUCAGUGACUUCGAAAACCCAAUCCCUUCUUUCUCCCAAUCAGUUGGCAGACUUACUUUCGGGUACGUUCUCUCGCCUCCAGGUACAGACCGCUCUCGGUGAUGGAAACAGUACACAACUUUCGGACUAUGUUUGGAUAGUGGCUGCAAAGGCUGCUAUUCAGGCAUCAGGACUGGUCAUGAACACCCUCUUGGACCAAACACUUCAACUUCAUGAUGAGACCUAUUACUGGGGUGAGAUGCUAGGAUCUGUCUGGCAUAGCGGUCUAUAUACCGUCCAGAAAUCUCCAGCGCAAUUUUUUCACUGGACGAAGGAUGCAUGUCUCGCUCAGACCUAUCCAGGAGCCCCAUCCAUCACUGCUAGAUGGACCCGAUUUUACCACAUUGCCCGCCAAAGUGCGUGGAGCCUCGGGGGACACUCCAUGCGCGCCAAACUGCUAUCCCCGAUCAGAUCGUCUCGGGCAGAGAUGCGGCAGAAACGAGACUUGCUUCUGGGAAUGAAAGACCUCCAUACCAGCAGCCUUGGCAUUCUGAUGGAAGGAUGGCAUCUCUUCGAAUCGAAUGACUCCACGAGUUUAUGCCCCGGGGCCAUAAAUGCCCAAUGGUGCGAUGCAGUUCGUAGAGCAGUGGCACUGAUCGAAGCCAUUUUUGAACAGAUAGCACUUGAGCCUAGCACUCACGAAUUGGAGCAAGGAGUAUUUGCCACUCUGGAGAAGGAUAUUCACACACAAGGGAAGAACUCAGUGCAAAUACCUCUGGAUUUGAUUGAGCGACUUGUGCAUGUUCUUCGAGAAAAGUUGCCAAAGCAUACCACUUCAAUGUCAUUGUUCAUUCGCCGCCACGGACGCCCUUCACGCAUAGUCCGCUAUUGGUUACCUGUCUCAGCUGCUCUACUUUCAGGAAGUGCAUCGAUGAGGUUUUUGACUAACCGUCGCGAGGAGAUCAUUCAGUCGAUCGUUGAUAUCGGUUCCACCACUAUCGAUUUCUGGGGUAACUGGGUUGUGCAUCCCAUUCGAAAACUCAUCGGGACAAUCAGACAUGACGAAAAAAGCGAAAUUGCGAUAAUGAGCAAGGAUAGCCUACUGGCUGAUCGAGCAAGUCUAGAGAGAAUGGUAGUGGACUUUGUCCGCGACCGCCCGGAUCCUCACCAGGGUGUGGUGACGGACACCACCGCCAUUGUGAAUUCUGUCAAGGAGGGUGAUUUGACUCCCGUUCUCAAGGCAUAUGAAAGGGACUUGCGGUCACCGUUCGUGGGGACCGUUAGGGGUGAUCUCAUCCGCGCCCUUCUGAUACAGAUCCAAAAGACGAAGGUCGACGUGGAAAUUGCCAUCAGUGGUAUCGAUGCCUUGCUGAAGAGCCAGGAGCUUGUGUUUGGAUUUGUUGGGUUGACUCCUGGAAUCUUGGUUUCCUUUGCGACCAUGAGGUGGCUAGGUAGCCUUCUUGGCAGCCGACGAGGACUGCGAAAGGGCAAGCAACGACAUGAACUUAAACGUGGAUUGCGGAAUGUGGCCCGUAUUUUGACUUCUUCCACGGUUUUGUCUAAUGGGACUGUCGCUUAUAAGGACUCUGGACAAUUGAUCUGUGAAGCGGAGGCUCUCCUUCAGAACGUGAAGAUAAGUUCUGGUGGUAUUCAAUACGAAGAGUUCCGAGAAGACAUACAAGAUCUCUUGAAUGUUCAGAAUGGAGUGGACAAGCAACUUCGCGUGAUCGAGAGGAUGAGAUGGGCGUAUUUCCAAUAG